UUGGCGGGCAGAGAGGCGAGAGGGGCGCACAUACACCGUCGGGGCGGCGGCGGCAACAACCAUGCAGGCGCGCCGGGCCAAGCUGAAGAUUCCCUCGCUGACCUUGGUGGACUUGUCACCCGGUAGCCAGAGCCCGACCCUUCUCAGCCCCUGCAGUCCUUGUAGCCCUUUGACUCUGCAUCCCUGGAGCUGUCGAAGCAACAGGAAGAGCCUAGUGGUUGGAACUCCUUCACCUACCCUGUCACGUCCUUUGUCACCCCUUUCUGUGCCAACAGCCAGUAGCAGUCCAGUUGAUAGUCCUCGCAACUUCUCCACAGGUGCCUCUGCCAGCUUUCCAUUUGCUCGCAGCCAUGUUCCUCGAACUGACAGAGCUGAUGGCCGACGGUGGUCACUCGCGUCAUUGCCCUCAUCCGGCUAUGGGACCAACACCCCCAGCUCUACUGUUUCAUCAUCGUCUUCCUCCUCUCAGGAGCGUCUCCACCAACUGCCCUACCAACCUACUCCUGAUGAACUGCACUUCCUUUCAAAGCACUUCCGCAGCACCGAAAGUGUCCCAGGAGAAGAUGGACGCCACUCGCCAUAUUUUCGUCCUCGGUCCCGCAGCUUGAGCCCUGGGCGGACCAGUGGGACCUUUGACAAUGAGGUGGUAAUGAUGAAUCAUGUAUACAAGGAGAGAUUCCCAAAGGCCACUGCCCAGAUGGAAGAGCGCCUGGCAGAGACCAUUGCUGCUUUCUCGCCCAGCAGCAUCCUGCCUUUGGCUGAUGGUGUACUGGGAUUCAUCCACCACCAGAUCAUUGAACUGGCCCGUGACUGUCUCAACAAGUCCCAAGGGGCCCUCAUUACCUCCCGCUAUUUCAUUGAACUGCAGGAGAAGCUGGAGAAAAUGCUAAGAGAUGCUCAGGAGCGCUCUGAGAGUGAGGAACUGCACUUCAUCGAACAGCUGGUCCGUAAACUACUGAUCAUCAUUUCCCGGCCAGCUCGGCUGCUGGAGUGCUUGGAGUUUGACCCGGAAGAAUUUUAUCACCUCCUGGAGGCAGCCGAAGGUCAUGCGAAAGUGGGACAAGGCAUCAAAACAGACAUUCCACGUUACAUUAUCAGUCAACUGGGACUCGCCAAAGACCCUCUGGAAGAAAUCGUGCAGUUUGAUCAAGUUGACUGCCCUUCUCCAGCAGGCCCAGAGCAGCAAGAUGAACCUCCUGAGAACCAGUCUUCUACCCCCAUUCCACGGAGGAAGCCCUGCGAAAGCGAUUUUGAAACUAUCAAGUUGAUCAGCAAUGGGGCUUACGGGGCUGUGUAUCUGGUGCGGCACAAGGAGACUCGCCAACGGUUUGCCAUCAAGAAGAUUAACAAGCAGAACCUGGUGUUGCGGAACCAGAUCCAGCAAGUCUUUGUGGAACGCGACAUCCUGACCUUUGCGGAGAACCCUUUUGUGGUCAGCAUGUUCUGCUCCUUCGAAACCAGGUGUCACCUCUGCAUGGUCAUGGAGUAUGUGGAAGGUGGGGACUGUGCCACACUGCUGAAGAACAUGGGACCUUUGCCUGUGGACAUGGCCCGGAUGUAUUUUGCUGAGACAGUCCUGGCCCUUGAGUACCUCCACAAUUACGGCAUUGUUCACCGGGAUCUCAAACCAGACAACUUGCUCAUCACAUCCAUGGGCCACAUCAAGCUGACCGACUUUGGCCUGUCCAAGAUUGGCUUGAUGAACAUGACUACCAAUCUCUAUGAGGGCCACAUUGAGAAAGACACCCGAGAGUUUGUAGAUAAACAGGUCUGUGGUACUCCUGAGUAUAUUGCUCCGGAAGUGAUCCUGAUCCAAGGCUACGGCAAGCCAGUGGACUGGUGGGCCAUGGGCAUAAUACUCUAUGAGUUCCUGGUUGGCUGCGUCCCAUUCUUCGGUGACACUCCAGAGGAACUCUUUGGGCAAGUGAUAAGUGAUGAAAUCAUUUGGCCUGAGGGGGAUGAAGCUCUUCCUGCUGAUGCCCAAGAUUUGAUCACACAACUCCUGCGUCACUGCCCUCUGGAGCGCCUGGGCACAGGAGGCGCUCAUGAGGUGAAGUACCAUCCCUUCUUCCACCAUUUGGAUUGGAAUGGGCUGCUGAGGCAGAAAGCUGAGUUUAUCCCCCAGCUGGAGGCUGAAGAUGACACCAGUUACUUUGACACUCGCUCAGAGCGCUACCGGCAUUUGGGCUCUGAUGAUGAGAAAAUCCAGGAUGAGGAAUCCUGUGGAGAGAUUCGCCAGUUUUCUUCCUGCUCCCAACGUUUCAGCAAGGUUUACAGCAGUUGUGAAUAUCUGGCUAACUCCUCCACCCUCAGUUUCACGUCUUCUGAGCAGGGCCAUGGUGAGGACAAAGAAGACAGAACCGAGAGGGCAGAUCACAGCUCUGGAGAUGAGGAGAAGAGCCGGAUACCUAAGACUGAGACCAGGCUUCGUGCCUGGACCUCCUGUGGCUCCACUGUCCAUUCCUUCCGUCAAGAAUUCAGCCGCAAUCCUGCCAUCCUGAGCAGCACCUGCAGCCUAGAAGCGAUGCCCAGAUUUGCCUUGUCCUCUGAGGAUGAGAGCCCCUGCCGGGGGAAAACCAAAAAGGAGCGCCCCAAGUUUGUUGUUGGGGAUUCUGAGAUGGCACCACCAAGGACACCCAGUAAGGGCUCAGCACUGGCAGCUGACCUGACCAGCUUGAACUGUGUCCGUCUCAGGAGCAACAGCACAGGUACUAAGAGCUCUACCUCAAGAUGUUUGGACCGUGAGGGCAGUUAUCGGCCCCACAAGGAUUCCGCAGGGAAGCAGCCAGCAUCUUCCAGUGGCAGAGUGCCAAAGUCAGCUUCGGUUUCUGCAUUAUCGCUUAUCAUCAAUUCAGACGACUUUAGUGGGGCUGUUCUCAGGAGCCCCAUCUCACCCCGUUCCCUCUCUUCCAAUCCUUCAUCCCGCGACUCUUCUCCAAGUCGGGACUCCACGCUUGGUGGCUCCAGUCUGCGGCCUCCCAUUGUCAUCUACAGCUCGGGGAAGAAAUAUGGCUUUUCACUGAGGGCCAUCCGUGUCUACAUGGGCGACAGUGAUGUUUACACUGUGCACCACAUGGUUUGGAAUGUAGAAGACGGGAGCCCAGCUCAUGAUGCAGGACUCAGAGCUGGAGAUCUCAUCACUCAUGUAAACGGGGAGUCGGUCCUGGGUUUGGUUCACAUGGAUGUCGUAGAACUGUUGCUGAAGAGCGGAAAUAAGGUGUCACUGAGGACGACUGCCCUGGAGAACACUAGCAUCAGACAGGGCCCCGCUCGCAAGAAUAGUUCCAAGACACGGAUGGCCCGCCGGUGUAAGAAGAAUCGCAAACGGGACAGCCAAGACAAACGGAAAUCCCUGUUCAAGAAGAUCUCAAAGCAAACUUCCGUUCUGCAUACCAGCCGCAGCUUUUCCUCCGGGCUCCAUCAUUCUCUCUCAUCCAGCGAGAGCCUUCCUGGAUCCCCAACGCACAGCUCAUCCCCUGGAUCUACUGUUUCUUGCCGCAGCCCUGUCCCGGAUUUUGUGCCAGAUUCUGUCUCAUCCCAGAGUCCCUCUCCAUCAUCCAGCACCCCGACUUCUCCAGCAGGACAGAUCCGACCAAGUUCCCUACACGGCUUGGGACCAAAAGUCAACAGUCAUCGCUACAAGGUUGGGCGCCGCAAGUCAACCAGCAGCAUCCCGCCUUCUCCAUUGGCCUGCACUCCUUCCUCCAUCCCCCAACCUCCUUCCCCUCAAAGAUCUCCUUCCCCACUUCCGUUGUUUACAAAAAACAUCCAGACUUUCCAAGGCAAGACUUUGUCUCCGCCUACCAUGGUCCGUCAAGUGUCCCGGCCUCGCAGCGCAGACAGCUCCCGUUCCCCACUCCUCAAACGAGUCCAGUCAACAGAGAAAAUCCCUACUUCCCUUGCUGAAAAAGUGGUCGGCAGCCGAAAGCUCACCCUGGAGACGCCCAGCUUGGGAAAUGGAGGUGCCAGGGAGAGCGGCAUGGUCACCCUGGGAGACGCUGGUAUUUCUCGACUUCGGGACUGGUCUGAGGAACGUCAUGAUCGAGACCACGAAGUGGUGGUGAUGCGGCGGCUGAAUUUAUCUGAGCGCCGGGACUCUUUCAAGAAGCAGGAAGCCGUUCAGGAGGUGAGCUUCGAUGAGCCAGAACUUACAUCCAGUGUUGAGGCCCAAGCAGAGAGUAAACCUGGGGACUGGCAGCGUGGAUCUCAUGCACUUUCCUGGGUGGAGGAUAGGCCUUGCUGCUCAUCUGCCCCCGAUGCCCAGGUGCCCCUCGUGCCCGACAUUGCAGUGCAAGGGGAUGAGCCAGCAGGAAUCACAGCCACCUGGGAAUGCCAAGGAUCGUAUCCUGUCCAGCUGGAGGCCCGGGUCUACACGGAGCAAGACGACGGGACAAUGGCCGUUGAGUACAAAAGUGUCUCCUCCCAACACUGGGGAAGUUGGGAACAGAGGGAGUCUUCGCCCACUGUGGCAGUCACACACAGGACAACCCAUGGGGAGAAGGCAGUGAACUCACCUUCACCCUCCCUGAAGUGGCAAUUGCCGGAGAACUUGGAAAAAUGACUGGAAGGCCUGUUAAAACCACUUGUCCCUAGCACACCAAAGGGGGUGCUUCAAAGAAAGUAAGCUAAUGCCAAGGACUGAGAACGUUGGAGUCCCAUUUUCAUUCUGCUGGUGGGGUCUUUUCCAGCUAUUUACCACUUCCUCCUCCUUCCUGGGCAGCCCUCUGUGUUCCUCCUCACAGGGCAGAUGGUCACAGGUGGUGAUUCAGGCUGGAGAUAAAGGCAACGCUGCUUUUCUACUAAUUAGAAAACAUUCCCAUUUCAUUCAGAUUUGGGGUUAACAGGUUUGGUUCUUAUUUGGUGCCCUAAAACCAAGCAUUAAACUUUCCUGCCCAUGGCCUGGGUAUCUUCUGGAGUGUGAAUACUCUCCACAAUUAAUCAUUUUCUCCACUGUCCCCUUGGCUACUGCCGAAUGUGAGAAAAGGUAAUAAAUGAAAUAGUAAAGGAUACAAAAUAUCUUUUCUGCCUUGUGUAAGAAGCUAUGGGCACAAUCUGUUCAUUCUAAGGAGUCUGUUCUCUUGCAUUGAAACUGGUCAAAGGAGGAAUUGUAGCAAUGGUUGGAGAACUCCAAAUCCCAAUCCUGUGACAUCUUUAAACGUUGCAGUGCCUAUGUUUGCCAUUGAUACCCUAACCCAGAGGUCUCUAAACUUGGCAAAUUGAAGACUUGUGGACUUCAACUCCCAGAGAAUUCUGGGAGUUGAAGUCCACAAAAGUCUCAAAAAUUGCCAAGUUUGGGGACCCCUGCCCUAACCUAAUGCCAGCUCUUGCAAAUGUUUGAUCGAAAUUUCAGGAGUAAAGCCAAGAAGGUAAACAAGAAAAUCAACGUGGUCCUAGUC